CGCGCCAUUUUAAGAAAGGAACGGCUCGUUCAGCUUGGCGAGACUACACGUUGUGUAUUGUGUGGACAGAAUUACAUGCAAAAUAUUGAAGAGAUUUAAGAAGUUCUAGCACAAAGAGUUCCUACUGACAGACGAAGAGGGGUUUUUGCGCUAAACUCGGAGGUUUCGUCGGAACCGAAUGAGAAGCUGAGGUGAACAAUGACUCAGUUUCUUCCCCCGAACCUGCUGGCAUUGUUUGCCCCGCGGGACCCGAUACCUUUCCUGCCUCAACUGGAGAAGCUUCCCCAUGAGAAACAUCACAACCAACCGUACUGCGGGAUUGCCCCUUUCAUCCGGCAUUUUGAGGACCCCAGAGAUGCUCCUCCACCCACAAGAGCAGAGACGCGGGAGGAGAGGUUGGAGAGAAAGAGAAGGGAGAAAAUGGAAAGGAGGCAAGUUGUGGUGGAAGCAGAACUAAAACAAUGGGACCCACACAAUGAUCCUAAUGCUCAAGGAGACGCGUUUAAGACUUUGUUUGUGGCUCGAAUUAAUUAUGACACCACGGAAUCCAAACUACGGCGUGAGUUUGAAGUUUAUGGUCCUAUCAAACGGAUCUAUAUUGUGUACAACAAGAAAACUGGAAAACCAAGAGGCUAUGCAUUCAUUGAAUACGAACACGAAAGAGACAUGCACUCUGCCUAUAAGCACGCAGAUGGCAAAAAGAUUGAUGGACGUAGAGUGCUUGUUGAUGUUGAAAGGGGACGAACGGUCAAGGGAUGGCGCCCCAGGAGACUUGGUGGAGGUCUUGGUGGUACAAGGCGAGGAGGGGCGGAUGUCAACAUCAAGCACUCUGGGAGAGAUGACACUUCCCGCUAUGAUGACCGGCCAAUUGGAAGUGACCGCGAUCGGGAUCGUGAACGCAGGGAUCGCAGCCGGGAAAGAGAGAGAGAAAGGGACCGUGGUGAGCGCCGCCGUUCUCGAUCCAGAGAGAGACGCAGACGCACCAGGUCUCGUGAGCGAGAAAGGGGCCUCGCGGCUCCAGGGGAGGAGGCAGGAGCUGGUGGCCGGCGCCGGGAAAGGGAAAGAGACCGAGUUGCUGCUGGAGACAGCCGAGAGAGGAGUAGAGACCGAGACAGAGAAAGAGACCGCAAGAGGAGAAGCAGGAGCAGGGAUAGAAAGAGAGACAGAGAGAGAGGGAAGGGUGCUGAUGGAGGAGAAGAAGGCAUGGGUGGGCUUGCUGAUGGCAUAAUGCCCGAAGGAGGUGAUAGAGGUAUGGAGGACCCCUUGGGUGGAGAGCCAGGAAGAGGGGAGGAAGGAGGGCCUGAAGGAGAGGAUAGAGGACGGGAUCGAGACAAAGACAGGGAGAGAGAUCGUGACAGGAAGCGUAGCCACAGAGAUAAAGAUAGAGACAGAGAUCGGGAAAGAAGGCGAGACAGGGAUAGAGAUCGCGAACACAAGCGUGACCGGGGCGAUCGUGACCGUGGGGAGCGCAGGGAAGACAGACAUGUGUCCUCCUCAGGAGAUCAGGAAGGUUUGGGUAACGGAGGUGAAGAGGGUGAAGAGCAGUUACCACCACAAUCAGAAGAAGGCUCACAGGAUGGGAUGAGGAUGAUGAUGAUGGAUCAGGAUUCCAUACAGUCAGGAGAGGGCUAUGCCUCCAAUGAGAAUGGAUACAGGAUGGAGGCCCAGGGUGAUGAAUACUGAACUUGCCGCCAUUGUGUGGAUGAUCCAUGGUCAUCCGGUUAUAAUGUUGAAUGGAUUCACAAAUAUCCUCAAUCAUUAUUUAAUGCCUCCACCCUUUGCUUGCACUAUGUCCACAGUGUGUAAGUAUUAUACUGUACAACCAACAGCUAUGAUGGAGAGAGCUUAGUGUCUCCCUGGUAAGAAGCAUCCUUUUGUUAAAAAUAAAGAUUAUGUAGUUUAACUGUGAUUUAUUAUUGUGGGGUUUUUUUUUUUUUUUUGCUUUUUUUGAGACCAGUUUUUAUUUGUGGGGCUUGCUUCACUUAACAACUAGCCUUUAUAAUACAUUUUGAAUUCCCUGUCCGACAUCAACUCCUUAUCAAGUGACUGCAUUGCUAGGAAGUGAUCUCUCUUGACUGAGGCACUGUGUUUUAUUACAGUGUACUUUUUAUUCAGUAAGGGUAACUGUCAGAUCAAAUGAUAUGGAUUGUUUAGUACCGUUAUGACCAUUUUCAUAGAUGUUCGUUGAUUACAAGAGUAUUUGCUUGAUGGUUUGAAGCGUUAUCUGUACAAUGUUCAUUUUUUUAUCUGCCCCUAUUUCUCUGUAACUUUAUUCUAUCUUUUGUCUUGUACAUUUUGUGUUAUUUGGUUCAAUAUGUGGAUCGUUUGCAAAUUGUACAUUGGCCCCUAAUUUUACUGAAAUAACAGGAAGCAAACAUUGACAAGUUUUUUUAAAUAGGAAUGUAUGCAUUGGGUUAAAAAAUCGCUCUUAUUAUAGUUUUUUUUUUUUUUUUUUAAGCGUCUCUGGUCUUAUUGGUUCUGCUUUUCAUUCUUGAAUAAACACUUUUUAUUGCCAAA